GCUACUCUCCAACCCUAAUUUGUCCUCACCUUCCAAACCCCUUUUUUUUCUUCCUCUCCUUGAAAGUUAUGUCCUUCACAUUCACCAACUCAUCAUCAUCUCCAUAGGCUCACUCUCCCACAUUUGACACCUUUUCUCCUUGGACUUUGCUACCCAACUCCAAAUAGUUACAUCACAUACCAUCCAACUACAUUAGAUGUAUUAAUUUCUCGUUUUCUAAGUAAUAAGUAUAUAUAUGUAUUGCAUGAAUGACCAAACUACCUUCUGUUGCUAUAUAAACAACCCCUAACAUUGUCCAUCCUUCCUUCCCUUUUACUCUAAAGAAAAGUGCCAUAACUUCAAUCUCCUUCCAUCGUUACCCAUCUCUCCAAUGGGUAGGCAAAUAGGUGAUUCUUCCACCAUGGUGAACUCCUCCAUAGCUCUUCUCCAAGAAAGGUUCAAGGAACUUCAAAGAGUGAAGGAGAAAAGACAAGAGAAGGAGCUUCUCAAGCUGUUCUCCGAGUCAUCUGAAAGGAAUACAACUCCUCCUACACCGUCCGGCUCGUCAUCGCCUUCCUCCUCCUCCUCCUCUAGGCCGUUGGAGCGUGAUUCUUAUGCCUCAAACCUCCCAACAACGACUCCUCGCGAUCGGGCGCCUGCCUUUUCCAACCGUAGACCAACAGCUUCACCGCCAGCAGCUCCAUCACUCCUUUCUCUGGGCCUCCACUCAUCCUCAGAAACCCAACAACAGUACUACUCCUCGUACGAUCAUCAGUCUUUGAGGAACAACCAAGCAAGCUUUUGGUCGGGUGGAACAUCAUCUUCAUCGUCACAAAGAAGUACUGCUUUCGAGCAUUCGGAUGUCGAUACAUCUCUUCACCUUUGAUCAGGCUUCGAUCUAUUUUACUAUAUAUAUUUAUAGAUUGUUCUUCAGAACUAUCUCCUUCAUCGCCUUCUCGAUCUUCUUGGCGUUGGUUUCUCUUCCUCCCUUGUUAUGUUUUGAUUGCAACCAAGAAAAGGAUGAGGUUUGCGUGCCCAAUCAAGCUAUAUAUAUACAUAUGUUGAUAGGUUUUAAUAAUGGUGCCUAUUAUUC